AACUCUCAUCAUCUAAUGUAUGUCUUACAACACUUACAACAAUUUGUCAUCUUCUUUCGGCUAGAGCAUGUAAGAUAUAGUUCAUUAAGUAAACCUUUCAAAUCUAUUAUUGUUGUUUAUAUUGAAAUUGACACAAACUACGAACAUGUAUGCAGGAAUUGUUAUCCUGGAUCACUAGAUUACAACAAAGUUGCAGGGAAGAUUGUUGUUUGUGUUAAUGAUGAUCCAACUAUUUCAAGGAGAAUCAAGAAGCUUGUUUUACAAGAUGCAAAAGCCAUGGGGAUGAUACUCAUUGAUGGGGAGAAAAAAGAUGUUCCAUUUGAUGCAGCUGUAUUUCCUUUUUCAGAGGUUACCAAUCUUGAAGGCCAUCAAAUCCUUCGGUAUAUAAACUCCACAAAGAAUCCAACUGCAACAAUUCUUGCAACAAGAGAAGCUACAAGAUACAAGCCCUCACCUAUUGUUGCAUCUUUCUCAUCUAGAGGUCCUUCAGUCCUAACUGAGAACAUUCUCAAGCCAGAUGUGAUGGCUCCAGGCGUUGGCAUUUUAGCUGCCAUGAUUCCCAAAAGUGAUGAACCAGGAAGUAUUCCAAUAGGGGAAAAACCCUCCUUAUUUGGCAUAAUGUCAGGUACAUCUAUGGCUUGCCCUCAUGUUACAGGUGCUGCUGCUUUCAUUAAAUCUGUUCAUGAAAUGUGGACUCCUUCAAUGAUCAAAUCAGCAUUGAUGACAACAGCUACAACAUACAAUAACUUGAGGAAGCAUGUGACCAAUAGCUCAAACUUCUUUUCCUCCCCACAUGAAAUGGGAGUUGGGGAAAUUGAUCCACUUAGAGCUCUCAACCCUGGCUUAGUCUUCAAAACGGAAUUAGAAGACUAUCUCAAAUUUCUUUGUUAUUAUGGCUAUUCAAAGAAAAACAUAAGAUCAAUGUCUAAGACUAACUUCAACUGCCCAAGGAACUCCUCUGAAGAUUUUAUAUCCAACAUCAAUUACCCAUCAAUAUCUAUAAAAACACUUGGUAGGCAUCAGAAAGCAAAAGUAGUCACAAGAACAGUCACAAAUGUGGGACCCACUAAUUCCACAUAUAUUGCAAAGGUGCAAGCACCAAAGGGAAUGGUUAUCAAGGUUACUCCAAAUAAGCUUGUGUUUUAUGGAGGUAUUCAAAAGAGAUCUUAUCAAGUCUCAUUCUACAACAAUGAUGCACAAAGUGGAUACAAUUUUGGGUCUAUAACCUGGCUUGAUGGUAAACAUUAUGUUCAUACAAUAUUUGCAGUCAAUACUAAAUGAAGAUAAACAUAAAUACGCUCACAACAUACUCAUACAUAUAGUAGUCUUUAAUAUAUUACAAAAACAUAUAUACAUGAUUGUCAUUUUUAUUUAUUUAUUUAUUUGUUUGUUUUAUUUUAUUUUUUUUCUUUUUGGGUUUGGAACUAUAAUUUAGAUGGGAGUGAGCAGUUUCUAAGUACAAACUAGAAUUUGUAAUUGAAUUUAUAAACUUCCCAAAGUGCUCAAUAUCCAAUUAGUUGACUUUGUUUUA